GUGCCGGCGUCUACUGCACGCCCAUGAUCGACGUGGCGCAGCACUACUCGAAGCCUACGCUGCUUCGAGGGCGCAGUGUACAAAUCGUUCUGCAACUUCGCGUCCGGCCGUCGGCCAUUAACCCGGUGACGAAUCCGAGUGCUCAUGAGUUUGAGCGGAAGUACUGGGUCAUCAACAACCCUGACGACAUCCGGGCAUACGGCGUCCUCAUCAGGGAGCUCCCGCUGCGCGACUACAUCCUGCCAGAGGUCAUCGUCUUCGGCCGGGACAACCCGGGUAUUCGUGACAAGUUGGACCAGCUCGAGGAGGAGAUCCGGGAGCAGGAGAAGGAGUUGGCCAAGUGA